UUUUAACCAACAACCUGUUAUGUCUGAUUCAUGAAUUUCAGAUUUGUCAGAAAACAACAAAAACAACAAAACAAAAACAAUUUGUUCUCAGAGUCUAGUUUUAGAUCAAAUAAAAAUAGGUACUUACAAUAUCAUACUAAAUAAGUUUAUUAUAUCAUACUAAAUAAGUUUAUUGGUUGGCUGGCAAUUAUGUGCACUGUUUAUAGGUGAAGUACGGUACCAACAUUUUUUGCCUAUUGACGAACCAUGAGCACAUGUAUCAGUAGAUUGUAUUCAAGUGUAAUCAUGGGUGAUCAUUGAUUACUGAGUCCACUAUACCUCUCUAAUACUGUUCAAAAUUCACAGAGAAAAUUUGAUAUCUUCAUACCUUACAGCCUUAGUUACCAAAUAUUCAAUAUUGGUGACUUUCUUUUUUUCGUUUGGAACAACUCUGAUUUUUUGGCCAACCUUCAUUUGCAAUUAAAAAUAAAACAAAAAAACAAAUCUGUGAGAUAAAGCAAACAAUCUGAUUUUAAGGAUGGACCUGUAUUGCAGUUCAGAUUUUAGUGGGGAGAAAAUGAUGUCUUGAAAGAAAUUCUUCUUCUAUAUAGCAUGGACUUGUUGAUGAAAAAAUAAACAAAGUGAAUUUCUGCCUAGCAGUAGUAGAAUAGCAUCCAGGUGUAUUACUUAUUCUUGAUGGAGUGAAUAGAAUUGAAAGAAAUACGGCACUUUGAAGACAGAUAAGGAUGAAUUUUUCUUACAGAUAGAAUUUUAAUGAGUGUUGAUAAAUUUGUUCCAUGAUGCUGGAUCUCUGAUAACAUAUGUAGGAAUACAGAUAGAUUUUACAUGUCAACAAAGUUUUAUACAUGUAUCAUUUCGAUGAACAUUUUGAUUUCAUUAUAUUAAGACUUAUAAAUUGGAAGAUAUAAUUUAUUGGAUGUAUUGAUAUGGAUGUUAGCAAAUAAUUUGUGACAAUACGUUUUUGAAGUUCAGUCAAUGCAUAAUACCCACUGAAAGAGAUAUUGGUUUCUACCCUGAAAUCAAAAUGAUUAUAUAGAGAGAAUUAUGGUAGAUUUUAUGGAAUAGAAUGUGGAUUAAUUUGCUCUCGAUGGAUUAAAGGAUUAGGACUGUUUUUAUUGACAUAUUUCAUUUAUUGUUGCAUGUGUUUUUAGAAUAACCUCGGAUUUUGAGGACAUUUCCUUCUUUUUGCUGUGAAGAAAUCAAAAUUGAAUGUCAUUGAAAAGUUUUAUUGUGUGAAUUGUUUAUGUAUAUUGACAGCUACAUCCGUACUGGUAAUAGAUUAUUGGAAAAGAAUUUUUAUGUCAGACCAGACACACUAAAGUCUUUACUGUAUUGCUAAGUAUUAAAAGGAUUAUUUUGUCGUUAAAAAGGACUUUUUGUUGUGACAAUUAAAACAAAUAUAGGGUUGGAUAAAACGAUAAAUGGACUUAAAUAUUGGAGUAUUCAGAAGUGUAUAGGUAAAAUAAACUUGCGGGUGACGAGUUAUUGUAUAUGGAGUAGAAGGAUUUAGAAGUAUAUAUUGAUAGAAUAACUUCAAAAAAGUAUAAUGCCUGUACAAUAGCUCAAUAUACAAAUAUAAAAUUAUACAAAGGGUUGCAACAUGUUGAUAAGAGUAGAUCUCUUUAUACGCUGACAAUAACUUUACAAAAACUUUAUUGCAUGUAUUGAAAGCAGAUAUCAGGGAGUCAGUUUUAAGUCAUAGAAACUAUUCACUGCUACUAGAAGUGGAAGAAACUAUUCCUUACUACUGUAUAAAAGUAAGGAGUAAUUCUUGGAAUGUAUUAGUAUUAUUUAUCUAAGGAAGUACUGUUGACAGCAAGAAAAAAAUAAAGAAAAUGUCGUAUCCAUAUAAUGAUUUACCGAAAGGAUUUAACAUGGGCUGGGAGAGUGGGCCUGUGGUUGGAUCCUUAGAUAACAUUGGCCACAAGGCUGGUGGUGGGAAUAAACUUAUCCAUACUGAACGCCUUCACUGGGAAAAGAAGUCAAAAAUUGGGUCUCUGGACAAGAGGCACAUGGAACUAGCACGUCCUAAAUCUUUGCAUGGCAACAAACCUGGAGACAAUAUUGUACGUUUACUUCCAUACAGAGAUGAGUUUUAUAAAAAGUUUAAAAAUUUGAAUUAUGAUGAGAGAGGUCAUCCUUACAUACGUGUGGAAAAAGAGAAAUUCAAUGGUCAUGCAAAAGUUGGCUCUCUGGAUAAUAAAAACCAUCAGCCAGGUGGUGGGAAUUUUAAGAUUGAGAACAGAAAACCUGAGUGGCUGGCUCAACCAAAAGUGGGUUCAUUAGAAUAUGCCCAUCAUAAACCUCAAGGUGGCAAUAGACCUAUCAUAGAUGAAAAACCUCAGUGGAAUGCAACACCAAAAGUGGGAUCAUUAGACAAUAAGGAUUACAAGCCUGGUGGUGGUGGUGUUCAUAUUCCAACACAGCGGUUACACUGGGAAACACAGGCAAAAAUUGGAUCAUUAGACAAUAAAAAUCAUACACCACGUCAGCCAACUAAGAAGAUCAUUGAUAACCCAGUGAAUUUUAAUGUACCAGCUAAAAUUGGAUCUCUUGAAAAUAAAGAUCAUAGACCAAGUGGCGGUAAUGUUCCAAUAGUAGAUACAAAAUUACACUGGAAUGCUCGCCCAAAGAUUGGAUCAUUAGAUAAUAAAGAUCAUCAGCCAGCUGGAGGUCAGGUGAAAAUUUCUACUAUUCCAACAAUUUGGGAGGCCAAUCCAAAAGUAGGAUCCCUUAUUAAUGCCAACCAUCGACCAGGAGGUGGCAAUGUUGAGAUUGAAAAUAAACCAAGACGAUACCAUGCAGAAGCAAAAGUAGGUUCACUGGAUUAUGCUACUCAUCAAGCAGGUGGCGGAAAUGUUCCAAUAUUUAGCGAUCAACCAAAGUGGAAAGCUGAUGCCAAAGUGGGUUCCUUAGAUAAUGCUCAUCAUCGACCAGGUGGUGGACAGAAGUCAAUAUCAUCCAGUCCUAUUCCAUCUUACAGAAAAACAGUUUCGCCAAAAGUGGGAUCUUUAGAAAAUGCUCAUUAUAAACCAGGACAUUUCAAUAAACCUUUUAAAUUGACGUAUGGUAAAGAUGAAACCAUGUAUGAUCCAAGUAUAUUUGGGCGGUUUUCUAGAUCAUUGAGUCGAGCAUAUUCAAGAAAUUCAGCUCAGACAGUACACUGGUUGUAUGUGCCGCCCAUCGAUAUGGGCUGGGAUGCAGAGGCUAAAGUUGGAACUCUGGGAAAUAUAAACUACAUUCCAGGUGGUGGGAACAAAGUUAUAGAAACUCAGCCUGUAAGAUGGAAAGGGGAGGCAAAGGUAAAUUCAAUUGAUGUAGAGCAUAUGAGAAAAGUACAAAGAUAUACCCCGGCACUUGAAGAUCUGACUAAAAAGAUUAAAUUACCACCAAAUAUUCCAACAGAGAACUUAAAAAAUGUUGAAUAUACUGAGAAGGGUGCAUACAUGAUAGUCAAUCAAGAAAAAAUACAAGCAGAGGCCAAAGUAAAGUCUUUGGAAAACAAGGACUAUCAUCCCCCAGAACCAAAGGUGAAAAUUGUAGAUGAGAAACCGCAUUGGCAGAAGAAAUCCAAAGUUGAGACAUUCAAAAAUAUUGACUACACGCCACGUCAGCAUGAAAUAAAAAUCCAUACUGAAAAACUGAAUUGGAAAGCAAAACCUGCUGUUAAUUCAUUAGAGAAUGUUAAAUUCAAACCUCAAGGUGGAGGAGUUCAAGUUUUUACCCAGAAACUUAAGUGGCAUGAUAAACCAAAAAUUAAUACACGUGAAAAUAUACGUUACUCUCCACCCCCUAGCACUCGUAAAAUCAUAAAUAGUCCACUGAAAAUAAAAGCUCAGCCCAAAAUCGAUGAUGAUAACCAUAUGUACCAACCUAGAGGUGGUAAUGUUGAGAUAAUUAAUGAACCAGUGCAUUGGAGAGCAUAUCCAAAAGUUGAUAAUGACAAUCUGAGGCAUUAUCCUGGUGGUGGAAAUGUUCAUAUACCUAAACAUAACCUCAGAUGGGAUGCUAAACCGGUAGUUAAUAGUUUUGAAAACAAGAUGUAUACUCCCAGUGGUGGCGAUGUACAUAUUGUGAAUGAAAUUCCACGAUGGCGUGCUCUGCCUAAAAUACAAUCAUUAACAAAUGUGGACUAUAGACCACGUGGUGGAGAUGUUAGGAUCCAUAAAAACCAUCUUCAUUGGUCAAAGAUUCCAAAGGUGAAUUCCCUUGAAAAUGUUGGUUGGCAGCCAAAACCAAGUCAUGUAACUAUAGCAAAAAACAACGUGAAUUUUAAAGACGGUAUAUUACCAAAAGUAGAUUCACUUACAAAUGCUCACCAUAAGCCUGCAAAUAUUGGCAAGAAACGGAAGAUUCAAUACUCAAAAUAUGAAACCAAGUAUACAGAACAGAAAGGAUAUCUAAGUAUGGCUGAGGAUUUAAGAUAUAGUGCUAGUUCCACUGGGAGCUCAUUUAGGUCUCCACAGACUGUACCAUGAGAGAUAUAGAAACACAGAAAUUAAACUUCAAAGAAACAGCAAAGGCCCGUACGGACACUGGAGCCAGUACUGGGGAGAGACGGAGCUCCCUGAGAUCUGGUAGUGUAACCUCAUCACAGGAUGGCAGUCUUGUGGAAUAAAAC